AUGAGCUGUGGCACCAGCAAGCCGGGUCUGACCUACGAGGAGAAGCUGGAGCUGUGGCGCAAGCUCGGCGGCGGCGACCUGGAGCCGGUCCUCGCGAGCGGCGCCGUCGCCCUCCUCGACGCGCAGUGGAUCAUCAGCCACGCCGAGGCGGGAGGCGUCCUCAGCCACCGCCAGGCGCUGCCCAAGGAGGCCUUCCUCUCCCUCGCCGACCUCGUCGAGGCGACGCGAACUGAUUCCUUCCUUCCCGUCGCCGCGCUCUCCUACCCGUGGCUGACCAAGGACCACCCCGACCCGCGCGGAGCCAACCUCGCCCGCGUCGCAAGGGCGCUCAAGGCACUGCUCAAUUGUAAUGGCGGCAGAAUCACGCGGCUCGGCGCCUUUUGGGACUUCGGCUCGCUGCACCAGCACCCCAACCCAAGUGGCAACUUUCUUGGGCUCUUCAAGCGCUUCCGCACCGAGGAGCAGAACGCGCUCUUCAAGCAGGGGCUGGGCUGCCUCGGCACACUCUACUCCCACCCGCACACACGCGUGCUGCGGCUGACCUCCUUCCCGGACGGCCACAAGGCGGAGGACCAGGCCGAGGGCACCAACGUGGCCAAGUACUUUGACCGCGGCUGGUGCUUCACAGAGGCCAGCUGGGCGAGCCUGACAAAGGCCGGCGACCUCUCGCUCGACCUCGGCAAGAUGCGCGACGGCGUGUGGUACGGCUUACGCAACUUUACCGAGGACUGCACCGAGGACGGCGGCCGGCGCCCUCCACUGCUGCCGUCUGUGUUCGCGGCGGAGCUGGAGACGAAGAGCUUCACCAACGGCAAGGACGACAAGCCGCUCGUGAAGCGGCUGUACGAGGCCGCCUUCGAGGAGCAGUUUGGCAAGGCGACCAAGCUGAACUACCGCGGCCUCGGCUGGGGCGGCGCGGAGGCGGCGCAGCUGGCGGAGGUCCUCGCGAGCGGGGCAGCGCCGCGGCUCGAGAAGCUCGAUCUCUACGACAACAAGAUCGGCGACGAGGGCUGCAAGGCGCUGGCCGCCGCCCUCGGCAAGGAGGGGGCAGCGCCGCGGCUCGAGACGCUCUAUCUCAUCGGCAACCAGAUUGGCGACGAGGGAUGCAAGGCGCUGGCCGCCGCCCUCGGCAAGGAGAGGGCAGCGCCGCGGCUCGAGAAGCUUGAGCUCUGCGGCAACAAGAUUGGCGACGAGGGCUGCAAGGCGCUGGCCGCCGCCCUCGGCAAGGAGGGGGCAGCGCCGCGGCUCGAGACGCUCAAUCUCUACAACAACAAGAUUGGCGACGAGGGCUGCAAGGCGCUGGCCGCCGCCCUCAAGGAGGGUGCCGCCCCGAGCCUGAAGGCGCGAGACGCCCCCCUCGCCACACGCCCCUCCCCCGCCCAAUGCUCAUCGCACCUCCCUCGCGUGCAGAAGCUCGUCGUUGCAGUCGUUUAUAGCAACGAGGAGCAGCCUGAGCUGAAGGCCGUGUGCGAAGAGCGCGGCAUCGAGCUGGGCUGGUGA